ACUCCCAAGGCUCGAUCCCGCCUUUGCGUAUGCCGAGCCUCCUUCCUCAUGACCUUUGUCACGAGUGGGAUGUCUCUCGCCGGCUCCCGGCACAGAAUAUUUUUUUUCUUUCACUUAAUGACCUGGGGCAUAUCUCAUGCUUCCAUUUAUGGCUUUAUAGUUAAGCAAGCCUGCUUCGUCCCAUGAUGUUCUGAUAGUUUUCUUGAGUGCUCACUAACUUGCAGCAGUCUCCCAGAGUUCCCUGGGUUCCCUCUGUCUCUAGUCCCCUACUGGGACCUCUGCAACUGCUUGUGUAACUAUCCUUAGUCUAUCCCUCUCAGAAAGAGCGUCAUUGACUCAACGGACCUGAAUUGGAACACUCUCCGGAGAUAGUGAAGGACAGGGAAGCCUGGUAUGCUGCAGUCCAUGGGGUCGCAAAGAGUCAAACACGACUGAGCAACAGAACAACAAUCAGAAGAAGCAACACUGCACAAAGCUUGGCGUGUUCAAGGAAACGUGGGGACAAAGGGGCCCACCGUUCAGGGGGCCGUAGUGAGGGGCGAAGCCUCAGUGGUCCCGACUGCCUCCUAGGACCCUCCACGACGCCCUCAGUGAUGCCCGUUGGCCCUGUCUGGGUGGGUCAGUGCCGCCCCCUCAUCUGUGGUCCUCGGGGGCUCCUCUGAGUCCCUGCCCAUGUCUGUGCCCCCAUGGCGGGCCGGGGACGGGUGAGCAUGCAGGAGCACAUGGCUAUCGACGUGAGCCCGGGCCCCAUCCGGCCCAUCCGCCUCAUCUCCCACUACUUCCCGCACUUCUACCCCACCGCUGAGCCCGCCUUGCGCCCCCCAGACCCACGCCCUCCAGUGACCCCCAUCCGCUCUGCACUCCAGCCCCAGCUGGACCCAGAGCCAGAGGGAGACUCAGACGACAGCACCGCCCUCGGCACCCUCGAGUUCACGCUCCUUUUUGACACGGACAACAGCACCCUGCACUGCACGGCUCACCGUGCCAAGGACCUCAAGCCACCGGCCUCUGGCUCCAUGGACACCUUCGUCAAAGCCAACCUGCUGCCCGGAGCCAGCAAGGUGAGGGCGAGAUGCAGGCCCCCACCGUUGCCCCUCGGCCAGGCCAGCCAGCUGCGGACACGCACAGUUCGGGGCACGAGGGGUCCUGUCUGGGAGGAGACGCUCACCUAUCAUGGGUUCACCCUCCAGGACGCCCGGCGUAAGACCCUGCGGCUGUGUGUGUGUGAAGACCCGUGGCUGCGGCGACGGAGGCGGGCGCCUCCCCUGGGAGAGCUGCGGGUGCCCCUGAGGAAGCUGGUGCCCAACCGGGCCCGGAGCUUCAACGUGUGUCUGGAGAGGCGGAGGCUGACCAAGAGACCCAAGAGCCUGGACACAGCACGUGGCAUGUCUCUGUAUGAGGUCGGUGAGACAUGGGACCCAGAGCAGGAGGUGGAGGCAGAGCUGGCCUCGGAGGAGCGCGGGCGUGUCCUGCUGUCGCUGUGCUACAGCUCUCAGCGGGGUGGCCUGCUGGUGGGCGUGCUGCGCUGCGCCCACCUUGCCCCCAUGGACGCCAACGGCUACUCGGACCCCUUCGUCCGCCUUUUCCUGCAUCCCAACGCAGGGAGGAAAUCGAAAUACAAGACCAGCGUUCGGAAGAAGACCCUGAACCCCGAGUUCAACGAGGAGUUCUUCUAUGCAGGCCCACGGGAAGAGCUGGCCCAGAAGACGCUGCUGGUGUCUGUAUGGGAUUACGACCUGGGCACGGCUGACGACUUCAUUGGUGGAGUGCAGCUGAGCAGCUGGGCCGGCGGGGAGCGCCAGCAACACUGGCGCGAAUGCCUGGGCCACAGUGACCGCAGGCUGGAGCUGUGGCACCCGCUGGACGGCGCGCCCCUCCAGCUCAGUGACUAGUGGGGCCCCCAGCCUGGCCGGCUCAGUGCCCCUUCCCCAGGCUGACCCACAGCCUCUCUGCAGAGCUGGAAGGCGCUGGGCUGCUUCACUCCCACUAUCCAGCCCCUGGUCAGUUGCUUCCUUCCUUCCCCACUUCCAAAUUCACCCCACCAUCAAAUCACAAAGCAAGAAUAAACCUCUCCUCCCAACCAGA